AUGACAACAGAUCCCAUAUUAGCAACAACAACCGCUACAGCGAUGACAUCCACCACAACGGUGACAUCCCCUCCAUUAGCUACGACAUCAGAAGCACCAAUAAUUCCAACAAGUUCAACUCAACAGAGUGGAACGGGUCUUGGUAGAGCAGCAACUGCUGGUCUUGCUUGUGGAAUUAUUUUUUCUGUUCUGAUAUUUACUGGUGAAAUUAUCUUCUUUAAAUUCUUCUAUUCCGAAAGUACCAGUAAUGGUCAUGAUCGAUCAGUUGCUUAUCGAACGUAG